AUGAAGAAGAAUGGCCGAGGUCGCCAUGUAGGGAACAGUCUCUGGAAUGCUGAAAGGGAAUACAAGGAUGUGUUUGGUAGCUAUGUCAAGUUGAGGCGGCAGAGGCAGUGCUUUGAAACGCCACGUAUCAUUGGAGGAGUUGAAUCUCAGCCCAAUGCUUGGCCAUGGCAGGUUUCACUUCAAGGCUUGUCUAGUUACUGGUAUCAUACAUGCGGAGGCAGUCUGGUUCAUCCCAGAUGGGUGAUGACUGCUGGUCACUGUGUAGACAUGCCAGGUUUGGUAUACCGUGUUGCAUUGGGUGACCACAACAUUUAUGAGACAGAAGGCCCUGAACAGUACAUAUUAGUUGAUAAAGUUGUGCUGAAUAAGAAGUGGACUGGAGACCUUUCUGCUGGACAUGACAUUGCAAUGAUUCGUCUUGCUGAAGAGGCAAUUCUCAAUGACAAAGUCCAGCUUGCAUUACUGCCACAAAAGGGAGAGAUUCUGCCAAAUGACUACCCGUGCUAUGCCACUGGAUGGGGUUACACAUUUAAUGGUGGGGUAGUUAGUUCUACUCUUCAGCAGGUUCCCAUUCGGACUGUGGACUACAAAACCUGUUCCAGACCUGAUCUUUGGGGCUACUAUGUCAAUGACAUCAUGGUGUGUGCGGGCGGAGAUGGUUUCGUCUCAGGCUGUCAGGGAGAUUCUGGUGGUCCUCUGAACUGUGAGAAAGAUGGGAAGUUCUAUGUUCAUGGAGUGACCAGCUUCAUCUAUGCAGGAGGAUGCAGGUUCUACAUGAAACCAACAGUCUGGACCCGUGUCUCAGCUGAGAUAGAUUGGAUCAAUGAGGUCAUCACUAAAGGUUGAUCAUUGAAGGACGGUUAUUCAUAUCAGAGACCUGGAGC